CUGUCGUGGAGACAUCGAAACGACGCUAUCGGGAGAGAGAAAAAGACGAAAAGUGAGAAAGAAAGAGAGGGAGAAAGAGAGAGAGAGACCUUUACUCACGAGUGCCAUUCUUCUGGGACGAGGGCACGAGACACACAUCAGGCGAUACAUCAGUCUAUAUACGAGAUUCGCGGAGCGAUGCUGUCCAUACGAAGCGCGGUUGCUUUGGCGUUGAUGCUCUUCGUCUUGGCGGAAUACUCGGGGGCGAUGCCGACGAUCGACAAAGACAAAGACAGAUUUUUGAACAAUGUGGACCUGGUGGACGACGACGGCAGCAUCGAGACGGCCCUGAUAAACUACCUGUUCACCAAGCAGAUCGUCAAGCGUCUCCGCGAUCAGCUGGACGUCGGCGACCUGCAGCGUAAACGAAACUACUGGAAGCAGUGCGCCUUCAACGCGGUGUCUUGCUUCGGUAAAUAGGCGCGCGGCAGGACGGAGGAAAAGCCGGGCGAGAGAGAGAGAGAGAGAGAGAGAGAGAGAGAGAAAGAUGAUCUCGUUACGUGCGCGUCACCGCCGGAAAGAGUUCAGGAACCCUCCCCUCCCUUCCCCCUUGCCUGCCCCCCAGCCGUUUUAUCAGGAAAACACACCGAGGAAUCCGCGCGAGAGGGAAAUUAGCCCCGCGAAGUGAAAAACGCAACGCAAUUCGACUGCAAAACAAACGGCCACUGUUUAUUAGCGAUAACGACAAUUAAUUACUUCCUCGCGCCGUUAAAUUGUACACGUAUAUAUAUAUAUACAGCCGCGGACGCACGCGCACGUUCUCGGCCGCCGCUUCGCGUGAUGUAGCGCGCGUAAUCCGUUCAACGAAAUAUAAUUCGACGUACGAGAAAUAACAGCCGCCCGCCCGACUGCUACCCGCCGAGGUAUUUAGAGCGAAUGUAAUCCGUUUUAGUCGCGGACGCGCCGCGCCGCGCCGCGCGGAACGACCCGACUCUCUCGCGCCACCCACGAAAACAUGUGUUUCGGCGACGGGGGAGGGGGGCCCCUCUCUCUCUGCAGCACAACCGAUAAUGCAAUAAAAGGUUUAAUGAAUUUUAAUAAAGCGCGCUCACCCUCUCCGAUGUGCGCGCGCGCGGUCUAGCGUGCAAUUCGCGCGCGAGCGAACUCGUCCGGAAAUCGACUCUGCCUCGCGAGCUGCUCCUAUACCCGCUGCCGCUCUGCACCUGACGGCGGUAACAUUUGCUAAAUCCGAAGAAUAUCGCGAACGCGCACCGGGCUGAAAAAUAAGCAACGCAAAUAAAAAGCGCAACAGUGGGAGUGUUGAAAAAAAAAAAAA